AUGACAUCGAUUUACUCAACAUUUCUAGCCAGUGGAACUACUGUGGUAAAAGCUUUGGUAAAUACAGUAGAAAAGGCUGAUGAGCUAUCAAUGAAAUUGUCUGUGAAUUUGAGUUCAAGCAUCAUUCCAGAGAUUAUAAGAUAUGGGAAAAAAACAAAACCUCAUGGCAAGGGCGUUACAGGUUUCAGCAGUUACUUCUAA